AUGGACGGGGGCGUCCUCCCGCCGGGCGCGCAGCUGUUCCCACCCAACAUGAUCCCCCCGGGCUACCUCCCCCCCCAAGUCUACGGCAUGAUGCACCCCGCCGCCGCGCCAAUGCCGCUGCCGGCCGGCAUCGCACCCGCAAGCGGGCAGCUGUACGCGCCGUACCCCGGGACGCCGCCCAUGAUGGGGCAGUCCGCCGUCCCAGGCCAGCCCGCCGUCCCAGGCCAGCCCGCCGCGGCGCCGUCCGCAGAGGGAGCGCCCGAGGCGGCCGCGACGCAGCCAGCCUACCCCGGCUGCUACCCCGGCCAGCAGCCGGGCCAGCAGCCGGGCCAGGCGCAGCCCGCCGGGGACGCCGCCGCCUUCCCCGGCCAGCAGCAGCCCGUGCCCGCCGGCCAGCUGGGGGCCUCGAUGGGGGGCAUGCCUCCCUUCCAGCCCCCGCCGCACUUGAUGCACAUGAUGCCGCACGGCGUGCCGACCGCGCCUAUUCCCGCCACCUAUUCACCGCCGCAGCUGAACGGCGAGCUGCCCCCGGCGGUGGGGCUGCAAGUGGGCUACUCUCUACCCACCUCUUCGGCCGUCGAGCAGCCCGCCUCCUGA